GACAAGCACUGGUUGAUCAGACAGGCUAAGACUCCCAUGACCAACUCCUCUAUUGAGUUACUGGAUGAUGCCUUCAGGAAACGGUUAGUAGCACCUCUCUCCUCCUCCUGCUGUCUUCUCUCUCCUCCUGUCUUCUCUCCUCCUCCUGCUCCUGUCUUCUCUCUCCUCCUCCUGCUCCUGUCUUCUCUCUCCUCCUCCUGCUCCUGUCUUCUCUCUCCUCCUCCUCCUGUCUUCUCUCUCCUCCUCCUCCUCCUGCUGUCUUCUCUCCUCCUCCUCCUCCUGUCUUCUCUCCUCCUCCUGUCUUCUCUCCUCCUCCUGUCUUCUCUCUCCUCCUCCUCCUCCUCCUCCUCCUCCUCCUCCUGUCUUCUCUCUCCUCCUCCUCCUGCUGUCUUCUCUCUCCUCCUCCUCCUCCUCCUGUCUUCUCUCUCCUCGUCCUCCUGUCUUCUCUCUCCUCCUCCUGUCUUCUCUCUCCUCCUCCUGUCUUCUCUCUCCUCCUCCUCCUGUCUUCUCUCUCCUCCUUUCUUCUCUCUCCUCCUCCUCCUGCUCCUGUCUUCUCUCUCCUCCUCCUCCUGUCUUCUCUCCUCCUCCUCCUCCUGUCUUCUCUCUCCUCCUCCUUUCUUCUCUCUCCUCCUCCUCCUCCUGCUGUCUUCUCUCUCCUCCUCCUGCUGUCUUCUCUCUCCUCCUCCUGCUGUCUUCUCUCUCCUCCUCCUCCUGCUGUCUUCUCUCUCCUCCUCCUCCUCCUCCUCCUGUCUUCUCUCUCCUCCUCCUCCUGCUGUCUUCUCUCUCCUCCUCCUGUUCUUCCUCUUCCUCCUCCUCCUCCUCCUCCUCCUCCUGCUGUCUUCUCUCCUCCUCCUCCUCCUGUCUUCUCUCUCCUCCUCCUGUUCUUCCUCUUCCUCCUCCUCCUCCUGUCUUCUCUCUCCUCCUCCUCCUGCUGUCUUCUCUCCUCCUCCUCCUCCUGUUUUCUCUCCUCCUCCUCCUGCUGUCUUCUCUCUCCUCCGCCUCCUCCUCCUCCUGUCUUCUCUCUCCUCCUCCUGCUGUCUUCUCUCUCCUCCUCCUGUUCUUCCUCUUUCUCCUCCUCCUCCUCCUCCUCCUCCUCCUCCUGUCUUCUCUCUCCUCCUCCUGCUGUCUUCUUUCCUCUCCUCCUCCUGUUCUUCCUCUUCCUCCUCCUCCUCCUCCUCCUCCUCUUCCUCCUCCUGUCUUCUCUCUCCUCCUCCUGCUGUCUUCUCUCUCCUCCUCCUGUUCUUCCUCUUCCUCCUCCUCCUCCUCCUCCUCCUCCUGUCUUCUCUCUCCUCUUCCUCUUCCUCUUCCUCCCGGACCACCACCACCUCUUUUACUCUUCUGGAGCUGGUUCCCUUCCCACCCCAUGUCAAUCUAGCAAACCAGGCAACUAAAAGCAACUUUCUAAACAAUGUUUUGGUUCAUUUCUAGCUUGUUAGCCAGCUAGCUAACGUUAAGUUAGCUGGCUAGCCAGUUCAAAUAAUGACCAUAUCAUAUAGCUGACAACGUCUUUACUUUGGCUAAUUUGUAUUCAUUAUUACAGGAAAAUAAACUCACAACAAGAUCAUUAUUUACAAGUUAAUGGUGAGCAAAUUAAAGAAGUUAGCUUAGUGUUGGGAGUGGGAUUAAUUAUAAUAAUAAUAAUAUGCCAUUUAGCAGACACUUUUAUCCAAAGCGACUUACAGUCAUGUGUGCAUAAAUUUUUACGCAUGGGUGGUCCCGGGGAUCGAACCCACUACCCUGGCGUUAAAAGCGCCGUGCUCUACCAGCUGAGCUACAGAGGACCACAGUUCUCAGCCAUAAAAGCAGGGCAUUCUACCAGAGAAUUGUAGAACUUGGACACUGUCUCGUUGGCUUAACGUUAUUUCCUAAUUUGACUUUGGUGCAGGUCAUGUUGUUCUUUACAUUACCAUCUCUGGUAAACUGCCCCCGGGACCACCCAUACGUAAAAAUGUAUGCACACAUGACUGUAAGUCGCUUUGGAUAAAAGCGUCUGCUAAAUGGCAUAUUAUUAUUAUUAUUAUUAUUAUUAUUAUUAUUAUUAUUAUUAAACACACACUAUAUCCCAUUUUAAGUUUAUUUGUCACAUACACAGGAUACAGAAGGUGUAAAUGGUACAUUGAAAUGGUUACUUGCAUAGUGGAGUCUUUUGUUUACACAUGUAGCUAGCUAGCUAAACAAUUAAUCAUAAUCACAACUCGUUACUACCCUGCAUGAAUCUACAGGUAGCUAAAGCUAACCAACUAGGUUCAAUGUUAGCUAGCUAGCUAACAUUAGGCUAUAACUAGCAAUACAAAUGGCUCUGAGAUACGAUAAUAUUACUACACAGAUUAUACACGUAACGUUAGCUAGCGAGUCUGCCAGCUAACGUUAGCUAGCUAGCUAACAGUACGCUUUAACUUGCAUUGAAAACGAUUUUCUGACAAAAUUUGAAACAUAUAAUAUCUGAAAAUGUAGCUAGAUACACUCUGAACGCUUCUCCCUCUCUGUCACGGAUGCCAUGGUUGCCCUUAGUUUGAAGAUGUAAUCCGGAGACAGGUGUUUUUUGCAGUUCUGCCAAUCCGAACUCAUCUCUCAGCAUGACCAGCCCAUCCAUUAUCUCAGCCAAUCAUGGCUAGCGGGAAGGUUCCUCUCUGUUUCCGUGGUUAAACCAACUGGGCUCGUAAUUUAAGAAUUGUAUUUGUAUUUACAGAUCCCAUACAAGUUUGUUAUUAAGGCACAUGAAAGUUCACAUGUUCCAGAAGGCAUUUCUGCCCAAAAACGCAAAUUGAUAAAACAUUUUAAUAAUUGUUUAAAUGCCUCUCCUGUGAACUAGUGAUGUGCGACAUACGCCUAGUUUCCUGAAACGAGUCACCUUUAUGAGUUAUAAUGUGUGUGUCCCCCCCCCCCCCACUAGGUGGCGUACUCUGCUGUCAGUGGAUGACCUGGUGGAGAAGGUGGUUAAGAGGUUAGAGGUCAGAGGUGAAUUGGAGAACACUUACAUCAUCUUCACCUCAGACAACGGAUACCACACAGGUACACACAGACACACACAGACACACACACACACACAGACACACACACACACACAGACACACACACACACACACACAGACACACACACACACACACACACACACACACACACACACACACACACACACACACACACACACACAGACACCCCCACACACACACACACAGACAGGUACUCAUGCCUCACACACACCGCAUACAGAAAAGUAAACAUCUCCACCUCUAAGAGGAUAGCUGUCACUCCGCUGACUCCUCCCCCCCAGGUCAGUUCUCUCUCCCCCCCAGGUCAGUUCUCUCUCCCCCCCAGGUCAGUUCUCUCUCCCCCCCAGGUCAGUUCUCUCUCCCCCUGGAUAAGAGGCAGCUCUCUCCCCCCCAGGUCAGUUCUCUCUCCCCCCCAGGUCAGUUCUCUCUCCCCCUGGAUAAGAGGCAGCUCUCUCCCCCCCCCAGGUCAGUUCUCUCUCCCCCUGGAUAAGAGGCAGCUCUCUCCCCCCCCAGGUCAGUUCUCUCUCCCCCUGGAUAAGAGGCAGCUAUCUCCCCCCCCAGGUCAGUUCUCUCUCCCCCUGGAUAAGAGGCAGCUCUCUCCCCCCCAGGUCAGUUCUCUCUCCCCCUGGAUAAGAGGCAGCUCUCUCUCCCCCCCAGGUCAGUUCUCUCUCCCCCUGGAUAAGAGACAGCUCUCUCCCCCCCAGGUCAGUUCUCUCUCCCCCUGGAUAAGAGGCAGCUCUCUCCCCCCCUGGUCAGUUCUCUCUCCCCCUGGAUAAGAGGCAGCUCUCUCCCCCCCAGGUCAGUUCUCUCUCCCCCUGGAUAAGAGGCAGCUCUCUCCCCCCCAGGUCAGUUCUCUCUCCCCCUGGAUAAGAGGCAGCUCUCUCCCCCCCAGGUCAGUUCUCUCUCCCCCUGGAUAAGAGGCAGCUCUCUCCCCCCAGGUCAGUUCUCUCCCCCGGAUAGAGGCAGCUCUAUACAACAGUCGUCUACUUACCCAACACAGCUAUACAGACACAGCUAGCUCCCACCACCAGGUCAGUACAUCCACAGGCUAGUAUAACAGCCUUACAACGUACAUGAUCUAGUUCACUCACUGUCCUAGGUGACAUCCAACCAUCAGCUAACAAACACCUAGUACCAAACACCAGUCUAGUACACACAGCCUAGUACAACCAGUCUAGUACAACACAGUCUAUACAACACAGUCUAGUACACCACAGUCUAGUACACCACAGUCUAGUACAACACAGCCUAGUACAACACAGUCUAUUACAACACAGUCUAGUACACCACAGUCUAGUACAACACAGUCUAGUACAACACAGUCUAGUACAACACAGCCUAGUACAACACAGUCUAUACAACACAGUCUAUACACACAGUCUAGUACACCACAGUCUAGUACAACACAGUCUAGUACAACACAGUCUAGUACACCACAGUCUAGUACACCACAGUCUAGUACACACAGUCUAGUACCACAGUCUAGUACAACACAGCCUAGUACAACACAGCCUAGUACAACACAGUCUAGUACAACACAGUCUAGUACACACAGUCUAGUACAACACAGUCUAUGUACAACACGUCUAGUACAACACAGUCUAGUACAACACAGUCUAUACAACACAGUCUAGUACAACACAGUCUAGUACAACAGCUAGUACCCAGUAGUACAACACAGUCUAGUACAACACAGUCUAGUACAACACAGUCUAGUACACACAGUCUAGUACAACACAGUCUAUGUACAACACAGUCUAUUACAACACAGUCUAUUACAACACAGUCUAUUACAACACAGUCUAGUACAACACAGUCUAGUACAACACAGUCUAGUACACACAGUCUAUUACAACACAGUCUAGUACAACACAGUCUAGUACAACACAGUCUAUACAAACAGUCUAUUACAAACACAGUCUAUACAACACAGUCUAUACAACACAGUCUAUUACAACACAGUCUAGUACAACACAGUCUAUUACAACAGUCUAGUACAACACAGUCUAUUACAACACAGUCUAGUACAACACAGUCUAGUACAACACAGUCUAUUACAACACAGUCUAUUACAACACAGUCUAUUACAACACAGUCUAGUACAACACAGUCUAUUACAACACAGUCUAGUACAACACAGUCUAUUACAACAGUCUAGUACAACACAGUCUAGUACAACACAGUCUAGUACAACACAGUCUAUUACAACACAGUCUAUUACAACACAGUCUAGUACAACACAGUCUAGUACAACACAGUCUAUUACAACACAGUCUAGUACACACAGUCUAGUACAACACAGUCUAUUACAACAGUCUAGUACAACACAGUCUAGUACAACACAGUCUAUUACAACACAGUCUAUUACAACACAGUCUAUUACAACACAGUCUAGUACAACACAGUCUGUACAACAACACGUCUAUUACACACAGUCUAGUACAACACAGUCUAGUACACCACAGUCUAUUACAACACAGUCUAGUACAACACAGUCCUAUUACAACACAGCCUAGUACAACACAGCCUAGUACAACACAGCCUAGUACAACACAGUCUAGUACAACACAGUCUAGUACAACAGUCUAUUACAACACAGUCUAGUACAACACAGUCUAGUACAACAGUCUAUUACAACACAGUCUAGUAUAACACAGUCUAUUACAACACAGCCUAGUACAACACGUCCUAGUACAACACAGUCUAGUACAACACAGUCUAGUACAACACAGUCUAUUACAACACAGUCUAGUAUAACACGUCUAUUACACACAGCUAGUCACCCAACACAGUCUAUACAACACAGUCUAGUACAACACAGUCUAUUACAAACAGUCUAGUACAACACAGUCUAGUACAACACAGUCUAGUACAACACAGUCUAGUACAACACAGUCUAUUACAACAGUCUAUUACAACACAGGCUAGUACAACACAGUCUAUUACAACACAGUCUAGUAUAACACAGUCUAGUACAACAGUCUAGUACAACAGUCUAGUACAACACAGCCUAGUACAACAGUCUAGUACAACACAGUCUAGUACAACACAGUCUAGUACAACACAGUCUAGUACAACACAGUCUAGUACAACACAGUCUAGUACAACAGUCUAGUACAACACAAUCUAGUACAACACAGUCUAUACAACAGUCUAGUACAACACAGUCUAGUACAACAGUCUAUUACAACACAGUCUAGUACAACACAGUCUAGUACAAACAGUCUAGUACAACACAGUCUAGUACAACACAGUCUAGUACAACAGUCUAGUACAACACAGUCUAGUAAACCAGUCUAGUACAACACAGUCUAGUACAACAGUCUAUUACAACACAGUCUAGUACAACACAGUCUAGUACAACAGUCUAGUACAACACAGUCUAGUACAACAGUCUAGUACAACAGUCUAGUACAACACAGUCUAGUACAACACAGUCUAGUACAACACAGUCUAGUACAACACAGUCUAGUACAACAGUCUAGUUACAACACAGUCUAGUACAACACAGUCUAGUACAACACAGUCUAUACAACACAGUCUAUUACAACACAGUCUAGUACAACAGUCUAUUACAACACAGUCUAGUACAACACAGUCUAGUACAACACAGUCUAGUACAACACAGUCUAGUACAACAGUCUAUUACAACACAGUCUAUAACAACAGUCUAGUACAACACAGUCUAGUACAACACAGUCUAGUACAACAGUCUAGUACAACACAGUCUAUUACAACACAGUCUAGUACAACACAGUCUAGUACACCACAGUCAUUACACAGUCUAGUACACACAGUCUAUACAACACAUCUAGUACAACACAGUCUAGUACAACAGUCUAUUACAACAGUCUAGUACAACACAGUCUAGUACACACAGCUCCCUAGUAAAACCCAGUCUAGUACACACAGUCUAUACAACACAGUCUAGUACAACACAGUCUAGUACAACACAGUCUAGUACAACACCGUCUAUUACAAAACAGUCUAGUACAACACGUCUAGUACAACACAGUCUAUUACAAAACACAGUCUAGUACAACACAGUCUAGUACAACACAGUCUAGUACAAACAGUCUAGUACAACCAAGUCUAUACAACACAGUCUAGUACAACACAGUCUAGUACAACACAGUCUAGUACAACACAGUCUAGUACAACACAGUCUAGUACAACACAGUCUAGUACAACACAGUCUAUGACAACAGUCUAUUACAACACAGCCUAGUACAACACAGUCUAUUACAACAGUCUAUUACAACACAGUCUAUUACAACACAGUCUAGUACAACACAGUCUAUUACAACAGUCUAGUACAACACAGUCUAUUACAACAGUCUAUUACAACACAGUCUAGUACAACACAGUCUAGUACAACAGUCUAUUACAACACAGUCUAGUACAACAGUCUAUUACAACACAGUCUAGUACAACACAGUCUAGUACAACAGUCUAGUACAACAGUCUAGUACAACACAGUCUAUUACAACACAGUCUAGUACAACACAGUCUAGUACAACACAGUCUAUUACACCACAGUCUAUUACAACACAGUCUAUUACAACACAGUCUAUUACAACACAGUCUAGUACAACACAGUCUAGUACAACACAGUCUAUUACAACAGAGUCUAGACAUGGUGGUAGUUGUGUGUUCUGUGAACAGUGUGUAACUGGUAUUCAUCUGAAUCCUGUGUGUGUGUUCUGUGUGUGUCAGGGGGGAUCAGUGAACAGCUCAACCUGGAGAACAGACUUCCUGGUGGAGUAUGAAGGGGAGGGGUCUGAUGUGGCUGAUCCAGCUUGCCCCCUGCUGGGCCCGGGGGUCUCCGAGUGUUUCCCUGACUGUGUGUGUGAGGAUUCCUUUAACAACACGUACGCCUGCGUUCGGACCGUCAGCCCCUUUACCAACCUCCAGUACUGCGAGUUUGAUGACAACGAGGUAACAGAGGGAGAGAACUAUCACCUUUAGUCACAAUAUGUUUGUGUUAGGGAUGUGUAUAUGUCUCACCCAUAGAAAUAGAAUGAAGUUCCUGCUGUACUGCUAUGGGGACACUCAACAUGGCCGCCAGUCCACCCAUAGAAAUAGAAUGAAGUUCCUGCUUUACUGCUAUGGGGACACUCAACAUGGCCGCCAGUCCACCCAUAGAAAUAGAAUGAAGUUCCUGCUGUACUGCUAUGGGGACACUCAACAUGGCCGCCAGUCCACCCAUAGAAAUAGAAUGAAGUUCCUGCUUUACUGCUAUGGGGACACUCAACAUGGCCGCCAGUCCACCCAUAGAAAUAGAAUGAAGUUCCUGCUGUACUGCUAUGGGGACACUCAACAUGGCCGCCAGUCCACCCAUAGAAAUAGAAUGAAGUUCCUGCUUUACUGCUAUGGGGACACUCAACAUGGCCGCCAGUCCACCCAUAGAAAUAGAAUGAAGUUCCUGCUUUACUGCUAUGGGGACACUCAACAUGGCCGCCAGUCCACCCAUAGAAAUAGAAUGAAGUUCCUGCUGUACUGCUAUGGGGACACUCAACAUGGCCGCCAGUCCACCCAUAGAAAUAGAAUGAAGUUCCUGCUGUACUGCUAUGGGGACACUCAACAUGGCCGCCAGUCCACCCAUAGAAAUAGAAUGAAGUUCCUGCUGUACUGCUAUGGGGACACUCAACAUGGCCGCCAGUCCACCCAUAGAAAUAGAAUGAAGUUCCUGCUGUACUGCUAUGGGGACACUCAACAUGGCCGCCAGUCCACCCAUAGAAAUAGAAUGAAGUUCCUGCUUUACUGCUAUGGGGACACUCAACAUGGCCGCCAGUCCACCCAUAGAAAUAGAAUGAAGUUCCUGCUUUACUGCUAUGGGGACACUCAACAUGGCCGCCAGUCCACCCAUAGAAAUAGAAUGAAGUUCCUGCUGUACUGCUAUGGGGACACUCAACAUGGCCGCCAGUCCACCCAUAGAAAUAGAAUGAAGUUCCUGCUGUACUGCUAUGGGGACACUCAACAUGGCCGCCAGUCCACCCAUAGAAAUAGAAUGAAGUUCCUGCUGUACUGCUAUGGGGACACUCAACAUGGCCGCCAGUCCACCCAUAGAAAUAGAAUGAAGUUCCUGCUUUACUGCUAUGGGGACACUCAACAUGGCCGCCAGUCCACCCAUAGAAAUAGAAUGAAGUUCCUGCUGUACUGCUAUGGGGACACUCAACAUGGACGCCAGUCCACCCAUAGAAAUAUAAUGAAGUUCCUGCUUUACUGCUAUGGGGACACUCAACAUGGACGCCAGUCCACCCAUAGAAAUAUAAUGAAGUUCCUGCUUUACUGCUAUGGGGACACUCAACAUGGCCGCCAGUCCACCCAUAGAAAUAGAAUGAUGUUCCUGCUUUACUGCUAUGGGGACACUCAACAUGGCCGCCAGUCCACCCAUAGAAAUAGAAUGAAGUUCCUGCUUUACUGCUAUGGGGACACUCAACAUGGCCGCCAGUCCACCCUACUAACUAACUCUCUCUCUCUCUCUCUCUCUCUCUGUCUGUCUGUCUGUCUGUCUGUCUGUCUGUCUGUCUGUGUCCCAGGUGUUUGUAGAGGUAUAUAACAUGACAGCAGACCCCUACCAGCUCAGUAACCUGGCGAAGACCAUUGACCAGGAGGUCCUGGAGAAGAUGAACCACAGACUGAUGAUGCUGCAGUCCUGUUCUGGACCGUCCUGUAGGACCCCUGGAGUCUACGACACACGGUACGCACAGACACACCACCACCACCACGCACAGUACACAGACCAACGACACCACCACCACACCACCACCACACCACCACCACGCACAGUACACAGACCAACGACACCACCACCACCACCACGCACAGUACACAGACCAACCACCCAGCUCUAACCCUCUCCUCUCUACAGACCACCCAGCUCUAACCCUCUCCUCUCCUCUUCUCUCUGCAGGUAUAAUUUUGAUCCUCGUCUGAUGUUCAGUAACAGGAGCCACCGGAGCAACAGGCUGAGACGGGGCCUGAAAUAA